AUGAGUCUCGCCGACGCCGCGCCCAUCACCACCGGCGACCGGCUGGCACAGCUUGAUAUCGCAGAAGACAGUAGCCGUGGCACCUCGACACCCCGUGCUGCUGCUACCAGUGCUCCCGCCACUCUGGAUACUGUCAGUCCGACCGACGACGGGACAUCCAGCGCCAAGGGCAAGAAGCGCGCUCUAUUUGGAUUUGGCAAGAAGAAGCCGUCGUCCGCGGCUGCGGGCUGGCCGACAGACGCGAAGCCCCCUCCGUUGCUCACCAAGAACUCUUCCAAGAUGUCUGGGGUCACGCGCUCGACGCAAAGCUCCCGCGACUACCCGUUUUCUUCACCAUCUUCGCCCGGCCGUACUCUGUCCACAUCCCCUCGCCUGGCGUCUCCGGCCGGCUCGCAAAUCUUUGAGCGAGAUGUUCAGGAGAGCGCCGUCCUCAUGCCCAACUCGCCCGCCAUACCCACCCAUAUUCAGACGGAAAACUUUAUUCCUUCUGUCCUCGACGAUGCCUCCGAGGCCAUCACCAACAAUGAGCUCGACCCCGAUACCGUAGAGAUUAUUACACACUCGUCGCAUCUCCCGGCCUCGGUCACCGUGACAGGCGCCCCCAACAGCCCCAGCGACCACCAGACCUCCACCGAGUGGGCAGCCGAGCUGGCUUCGUUUGCCGAUCGCAUUGGUGUUUCUGGCGAGACUGCUUCCAAUUACGGAUCUCUAGACUCGGCAGACGUUCGGCGAUUGUCAUUUAUUUCCUUCGCCGACGUUGUGCAGUCCGAGCACAGCCUCUCACUACGCAGCCCAGCUUCGAGAGAGAAUCUGCAGCUAUCAGGCUUGACGUCUUUGCCUCCAUCCGCAUUGAACCGAUCCCCUUCACCUAUUCGCUCGCCAGUCUCAAGCCAAGGGCCUGGAAACUCGCCGCCAACUAGUAACCCCGGCAGCAUGAAGGGUGUGGACAUGAGUCCAGCGCGCAAGCUCAUGGGCAGCCCCAAGAGCACUCAGCAUUCGCUCGCCGCACCUAGCGAACUCAAUGUUGAAACCAUGCGACAGGCCCUCCGACGAACAGGCAGCACAGAUCUCGCCGGCGCCCGCAGCAUGCCGGUAAGCCCCAUCGACGCACUCGGCCCUCGCUGA